AUGAAGUACGGAGCUGCGCUUCUGGCCGUCGCCGGUCUGGCUUCGGCUCGCGAGUUGCCCUGGGCUCUCAUGCAGUUGGGGAAGCGUGAAGUCCCCCAGGAGCACUCGCACGAAUCUAUCCUCCGUGCCGCCGAUGCGGCCCUCAAACUGAACAACCCCCUCGAGAUCGUCGACGCUGUCUUCGCUCUUCUCGGCAACGCCGCUGCCGCCCAGGGCGCUCCGAACGUCCAGAACUUGGACUGCCUGCAGCAGAUCGUCGCCGACCAGGCCUUCACCAACGCCAAGGCUGCUGGUGAUCUUGACGGCAUGAUCAACGCCAUCUUGUUUCGCGCCCUAGAACGCAAUACCCUCAAGGUUGGCCUGGCUAGCGAGCUGUGCAACGAGACGGCCACCAACCCCGAGAUUGCAAAUAUCCAGCAGCACCAGGAUCCUGCUUCACCCAACGCUGCUGAGAUUAACAAGCAGGUCGAGCUGGAGGUCGCCAAGAGCCUAGCUUCCAUUGGUGCUGAUCCAUUGCUGGCUCUCAAGACGGCUACCUUCGCUCCAGGCGACGUGAACGACCCGACUGCUAAGGGUAACAGCUGUAACGACGAGACUGAUCCCGUUGGUUGCAUCUUCACUCUGAAUCUGGCUGUUCCUGCUGCCACUGAGGAGGAAAUCCUGGCUGCUGUCUCUGGUGUCGAUUCUGGCGCUGGCAAUGGCGACGAUACUAAUGUUGAUGAUGGUACCGAUGGUGCCGAUGAAUGCGAGGCCAUUGUCGACGAUGGUUCUGGCAACGACACCGAUGCUGGUAGCGAUGCUGGUGCUGAUAACGACAAUGCCGACUCCGGCAGCGGCAACAACGACAGCGCGACAGGCACAGUCAACAUUCAAGCCUUCACCGGUACCCUGGGCGGCCCUCCGCCGCCGGUCGAGAGCACUCCCGGCGCUGCUCGCCCGUUCUCCGUCAACGGCAACACUUUCUUGAACGCGGCGGCCGCGAUCCAGCGCUCGUGCGCCAUCCAAAAGAACGCCUGCGCCAACGCCGCCAACUCGGGUCAGCUGCAGGGCGGCACGCAGCAGUGCGACCAGCAGGAGGCCGAGUGCCGCGCAGCCAACAACCUGCGCAAGCGCCGCGUCCCGGUGACUGAGCGCCGGCAGUUUGGCGGUCAGCUGGACUUUGGUUCCUGCGGCAGCCCCGCCAUUCGCUUCGCUGAGGGUCUGGACGGGCGUAAGGAGGCUAGCUUUCAGAAUGUGAAUCUACAGGACUUCAAUCACGGGUCGGCGCUCAACAUCAGGAUUAUUGCGGAUUUCACCUGCCAGCGGCUGCAGAGCUCGUGUAAGGCGCCUCAGGAGACGGUGCAGGCUUGCCAGGCUGGUGCCCAGGCGGCUCAAGGCCAGAGUGGGCAGGCCGCGGCUAAUGCGUUUAACUCUGCUUUGGGUGUCUCGGCUUAA